UCAGUGACAGUGAAGAUAACAGUGAAAGCACAAUGGAUAACCCCCUUAUUUCAAGACCAAUUGCGAAACAUCACCUACACAUAAUACCUGAAUAUACAGGAAACCCAAUAGAACUACUUAGCUUUCUCGAAGUUGUCGAAAAAUUGAAAAAUGACUAUUGUAAUAAUCGUAUCGCGGAAGCAGCAGACAAUCAUUGGAUCCUCCUUCACUAUUGUAAAAACAAAUUACAUGGACCUGCUAAAGAUGUAAUCCUCAACAGUACAGUAGAUGACCUCUCAAAUUUGAUUGAUGUUUUGAAAAACAACUUUGCCGAUAAUAGGACAGUAGAACAAUUAACUAUGGAACUGCUUGCUAUGAAAUCACACCAAAAAGAACACCCUAUUCAAUUCAUAAAUAGACUGCAACAAAAAAGAACCGUGAUUAUCUCAAGACACAAACUCGAUGGACUAACUGGUCCAAUUCUUGAAACUAUCUCAUCUCAGUUGGAUAAACAAAUUGUAAUGAUUUUAGUCGAAGGAAUCAACCACCAGCUUGGAGCUCACCUACAAACGCUAGGAAUCAAAGACCUCAGUGAUGCAAGACAGGCUAUUAUCAAUAAGAGUAGUGCUUAUUUGAAACAUUUAGGAUUUACUACUGAUGUAACACAAAUGAAUCAAACUUUCAGUAAAUCUGAAGGAAAACAAAACUCGUCAAAUUCCAAUCAAAAUUCGCAUCCGAAAAAUUUCCAUCAGUUUCAAAACCAAAACAAUUCAAAUCAAAGAAACUUUUCUCAAUCUCAAAAUCGUAAUUUCAAUUUCAAUCAGAGAAAUUUUUCUCAACCUCAAAAUCAUUUCAAUCAGAGAAAUUUCUCUCAGCCUCAAAAUAAUUUCAACAGAGGACAAUCCUUUCAAAGUAGAUUUCGUAAUGGACAAAGUUUCCAAAAUCACAACUUCAAUCGUAAUCCAAAUGCAAACUUCAAUAAUAACAACCAAAAUUUGAAUCAAAAAUCAAACGAUGUGAGCAUGAGAACAGUUUCCAACUUUCAAAAGUUUCCAGUUCACAAUAUUGAAUCUUCUGAAAAUGAGUUUUCCGAAUUUGAAAGCAUGAAUGCUAGAAUGAGUUCUAUGGAAAAUGCUGUAAGUGACCUUUGCGAGAAAAUGAAUCAUUUUUUAGAAGUAGGCUCGAACAACAAUCCAAAAACGUAGUAUUAGAUUUGAAUACGAUCUCUCUUGAU